AUGUCCACGAGAUUUAGAUAUACCGAGAUCUGGAGAGAUAUGAUUCAACUUUUACAUGAACAGGUAUCAGUCAAAAACCGUCGACAGCUGCUGAAAACCUACAGCGACGUUUUCACCGGCGCAAACGCCGUUGAUGUCCUCCUCGAAAACGUCAAGCAGCGACCAGACCUAUUCGCGCACAACACUACCAGAGAACAAGUUACUCGCCUUUGCCAGCGCUUCAUCGAGUCCAGAGUGUUCUUUCCUGCCAAGGGAGACAAUAAGACUUCAUCGCCGCAUUUCGAAGACUCGCCAGCUGUGUUUUACCGCUUUAACAAAGACCAUGACUACCUCGGUUCUCAAGACCGCGUCCCCUUCAGCGAAGUCGGCAACGCUCACUUCGGCAACCGAGCAAGCAGCGAGCCAGAUCUGACCCGCGUGAAUCCGCCCCAAUCGCCAAAACCACAUUCCAACUUUAGCCCACGUUCAUCAAACUUUGCAUUCCUCCAGAAGAAGGCGCGCACGCGUCUUUUCGGCUCCGGAACGACCAUUGAAAACAUGCACACGGACGAGGAAGACUCAGAUGAACUGUUCGAGUUGGACUACAGAAUUGAGCGGGAGGCAGUUCGAGUGCGCCUACUUCAACUUUUAGACCUGCCAUUUGUUGAAGAUUUUGUCUGCUCACCCGGUGGAGUGCCAAUCCAAGGCAACACCAGUAAAGAUCAGGCAUUCUCCGCUGAUAUGUCUGCAUUUCACCGUCAGUACAAAUCCUGUACUGAUCCUUGGCUGAGGAAUGGAAUCGACGUUCUCGGGCACAUUCAAACGGGGCAAGCCUUCUUACAAAAAAUUGAUAUGUACAGUCCCAACCGAAGAAAGCAGCUGAUCUACGAGCACAUUUCGGAUCACUACAGAAAGGCCGGUUCUCCUUUGAUUUCGAGUCAAUGGGACGAAGUGAUCCAAGCUCUCCAGAAUCUAAUGACUCUCGAUGAGGAGGCUUGUAAAUCGGCCCCGGGAACACCAACGCGAGCGCGCACAAUGAAGCGCUCCAAGUCUAGCGUUUCGAAGCUAUCCAGAGUUGCGCCCAAAACUAAAAAGUGGGCGCUCAUUGCGAAAAGCCUAAAAACCUUUCGCUCCGUCGCUGGCAGCUCCUUCAAAGAUCUCGUUCGAUUUCGAACAAAUGGAAAUCGAAAAGAAUCAAACGAAGCGCUGCAGCUUUUCUUCAGACUGCUAAGUCCGUCCAGCAGACAAGAAUUGGAGCACCUCUUUCGCUUCCUCUACAGUGUGUCCAUCUCCGAUGAUCAUCGAGUGAGCGAUAAACAUCCAAGCAAUGUGACAGCUGUUCAGCAGCACUUCGCCUCGCUCAUAUUCCCAUGUCAUGGCUCCUUCAUGAUUCGCUUCUGCCUUGAAAGGCUUGAAAUCGCAUUCGGCUUACCGGACUCGAUAAAAGCUCAAGUGCAGAAAAAAGUCGAAAUGGUCAAAUCUGGCUUCAUUGACUCUCCUCACGCCAUUCCAGACGCCUUAUUUGCGAACCAGAUCGACCAGAACGAGUUCCAGCGGCAAAAAUUCGAGGGAACAAACAUGGAGAUCCUCAAGCUCAUCAAAUCGAUCGAGAACGAUCCCAACUUCACGAACGAGAGGCGAGCGCAACUUCUCCAGUCGCUGCAAAGCCAGCACCCUAAUGCAGGUCAAACGCUGGUCUGA